ACUCCAGAAUCACCUUCAUUGACUCGCUGACUGCUGUAGGUGAAGGAAAUACUUCUUCACCAAAACAGAUUUAAAACUUUUUCUAAGAUCUUUAUAUUUUCAAAUGGAGCUUCCAGCUGCUAAUGACAAUGUUCACCUGUCAAAGUACAGACCUAACCUUCCACUGUCAGUACUUAAUGGUAGAGCACCCUCUGAGCGGUUUGAUGAGUCUUAUCGGCACUAUGGUGACGGCGGCAGCAUUACAUCCCAUGCGUCUGGCGCUCUGACGGGCUAUGAGACCCUAGACGCCCCACCACAUUACGAUUUCUAUGCCAACAGUCAGGCGUGGGGUCGGCGGAGACGCUCCAGGCCAUCUCUGUACCAGCUGCAUGGAAAUCCCGAGGAUGACUCCAGACCUCCCAUGUAUGAGGAGACAACAGCUGGACAGAUGGAAGGAGACACGUCUGAGGAUGAUGAGGACCAAAAGGAUCCGCCACCUGAACCUACCCGUUUUGGUUGGGUACAAGGGGUGAUGAUUCGCUGCAUGUUAAACAUCUGGGGGGUGAUCUUGUACCUGAGGCUGUCUUGGAUCACAGCUCAGGCUGGGAUUGGUUUGACCUGGGUUAUCAUUUUGCUGUCCUCCACUAUAACUGGCAUCACUGGUCUCUCAACCUCAGCCAUAGCCACCAACGGGAGAGUCAAAGGAGGUGGUACCUACUUCCUGAUAAGUCGCAGCCUUGGUCCAGAGCUGGGUGGGUCUAUUGGUUUGAUCUUUGCCUUUGCCAAUGCUGUAGCUGUGGCAAUGCACACUGUGGGCUUUGCUGAGACGGUAACAGACCUCAUGCGGGAACAUGGAGCUAUCAUGGUGGACCGAACCAAUGACAUCCGUAUCAUUGGGAUCAUCACUGUGACGUGUCUGCUCGGCAUUUCAAUGGCUGGAAUGGCGUGGGAGUCAAAGGCCCAGGUUUUGUUUUUCCUCGUCAUCAUGGUCUCAUUUGCCAGUUAUAUUGUUGGAACCAUCAUGCCCGCUUCACUGGAAAAACAAGCCAAAGGAUUCUUUGGCUACAGAGCUGAGAUUUUUGCCGUCAAUUUUGUACCUAACUGGCGGGGCCCAGAAAGCAGUUUUUUUGGCAUGUUCUCUAUUUUCUUCCCAUCUGCUACUGGCAUCCUGGCAGGUGCCAACAUCUCUGGAGAUCUGAAGAAUCCAGCAGUGGCUAUUCCUCGAGGGACAUUGAUGGCGAUUUUCUUCACGACCAUGUCCUACCUCAUUAUCACUGCAACAGUUGGAUCCUGUGUGGUUCGGGACGCCUCCGGCUCGAUAAAUGAUACAUUAGCUGCUUCUACACCUAUUGAGUCCUGCGUUGGUUUACCGUGUCAGUACGGCUGGGACUUCUCAGAGUGCUUUAACAAUAAAACCUGCGCCUAUGGCAUCAGUAACUACUAUCAGACACUAAGCAUGGUCUCCGCCUUUGCCCCUCUCAUCACUGCUGGUAUCUUUGGAGCAACUCUGUCCUCGGCUUUGGCGUGCCUGGUAUCUGCUCCCAAAGUCUUUCAGUGCCUCUGUAAGGACCAUCUUUACCCUCUCAUCGGGUUCUUCGGCAAAGGUUACGGUAAAAACGACGAACCGCUCAGAGCCUACUUGCUCACAUACAUCAUAGCUGCCUGUUUUAUUAUCAUUGCCGAGCUGAACACCAUCGCUCCGAUCAUCUCCAACUUCUACCUCUGCUCCUACUCUUUGAUCAACUUCAGCUGCUUCCAUGCUUCAAUCACCAAUUCACCAGGUUGGCGUCCGUCCUUCAGAUUCUACAGUAAGUGGCUGUCGCUGCUGUGCGCCGUGGUUUGUGUGGUGAUCAUGUUCCUGCUGACCUGGUGGGCGGCUCUUAUCGCCAUUGGUGUUGUCGUAUUCUUCUUGGGAUAUACUCUGUACAAAAAGCCAGAUGUGAACUGGGGCUCAUCGGUGCAAGCGAGCUCCUACAACCUGGCUUUGAAUCAUUGUGUGGGCCUGAACCUUGUGGAAGACCACGUCAAGAACUACAGACCCCAGUGUUUGGUGCUCACGGGACCCCCCAGCAGCCGUCCAGCUCUCUUGGAUCUCGUCAACUGCUUCACAAAGAACCUCAGUCUGAUGAUGUGUGGAAAUGUGGCCACUUCUGGUUCUUCCCCGUCAGCCUUAGAGAAGGCAAGCAGCAACAGUCACGUCCACUGGUUGAACCAAAGGAAACUUAAGUCAUUUUACAGAGGAGUUGUGGCUGCAGACUUCCGCUGUGGGGUUAACAUGCUGCUUCAGGGGGCAGGAUUGGGCCGCAUCAAGCCAAACGUUUUGCUGAUGGGGUUCAAGAAGGACUGGCGCUCUGACUCAAUUCAAGUCGCGAACAACUACGUAGAAAUCCUGCAUGAUGCCUUCGACCUGCAGUACGGAGUGUGUGUCCUGAGGAUGAAAGAGGGUUUAGAUGUCUCCAAUUCAUCUCAGUCACACGUUAAUCAAGGUUUUGAAGGAGGACGGGAAAGUAUUUCCACCAUCUCUCCUGCUCCCCUCAUUCGAACGAGCACAACCUCUUCUGUUGCCGUUGAACUCGAGCCACAGCCCACCACCGUGUUCCAGAAAAAGCAGGGGAAGAAGACCAUUGAUGUUUACUGGCUGUCUGAUGACGGAGGCCUGACGCUGCUUCUGCCGUACCUGCUGACGCGCAGGAAGCGCUGGGCCAGGUGUAAGGUCCGAGUGUUUGUUGGGGGAGAAACGGACAAAAGGGAGGAGCAGAAAGAGGAGGUUUUGUCUCUCAUCAAGAAGUUUCGUCUCGGUUUUCAAGAUGUUGAAGUGCUCCCUGACAUCUAUCAAAAUCCUCAGCCUGUGAAUGUCCAUCAUUUCGAGAGCAUGAUCAGUCGCUUUAGGCUGGACCCAAGCCCCAAACAGGACUCGGACGCCGAUCCUCCAAGACAGCAGGAAGCCCCAUGGAUGAUCACUCACCAAGAUUAUGAGAGGAACAUGGCAAAGACCCUCCGUCAGAUCCGUCUAAAUGAGGUGCUGCUGGAUUACUCCAGAGAUGCGGCUCUGAUUGUGAUCACCAUGCCAGUGGGGAGGAGAGGAGUGUGCCCCAAUUCUCUGUACCUGGCAUGGCUCGACAUCUUGUCCCGGGAUCUAAGACCUCCGGUGCUGAUGGUCAGAGGAAACCAGGAGAGUGUUCUUACUUUCUACUGCCAAUAAGACUUUCCAGUUAUGUGGUUUCAACAAUGAAAUUAUGAAACUCUGUAGUGCCUUGAAAACGUUUAAAAAAAUCAUGGGAUGUUUUGAAGGAAUGGUUUUGCAAUUAAAUUCAAAAUCACAGUAAUAUAAAUGUUUGAAAAGGUCC